AUGAUGGCAGAGUCCAUGCUAGACGUUGAGCUGCAUUGUUCUAGCGAUGUUCUCAAAAACUCUGUCAACCCGCCCUAUGCGGACAGCACUCAGACAAAUGCUGAUCCUGACCCAGCAGCAGAAUCGAAUCAACGGCAACCGAAAUCCAUGGAGGAGCGUUUUACGGCGAAGCCGGAACGGAGGUAUUCUUCGGAAGGGUCGACAAUCACCCAUCAUUGGAGGCGCCGUGACAAGCGCAAGGAAAAAAGAGGCCGUAAAAGGAGGAAUCGAGCGCAGCAACUCAAUGAUUACAACGAACGGCUCGUUGCUCGGCAUAUGCACAACGAAAUCAGGAUUCAGGACCUCAAGCGGCAAAUCAAGUUACGCUGGCUCCAGGAUGUGGAGUUCUUGGCCCGCAGACUGCAUUCGCGCGCACACACUGUUUGA